AAGCCUGGCAGGAAGCCUCAAUGGAGAUGGACAGAGCAGACAGGCAAGCUAGUGCGUUCGUCCAAAGGCGGUAUAGACUGGUGGAGAUAUCAGAGCUGCGUUCUGAUCCCAAAGCUGAUUCCUUUCGCCAAAGAGUGCCUCCAAGAUAGGCCUCAGACCGUAGUUAUGGAGGAUAAGGCACCUGGGCACGCCCACCAGUAUCAGAACGUUGUCUAUAGUCUAUCCAACGUCGAGAGACUACUUUGGCCUGGCAACUCUCCAGACUGUAACUGUAUUGAGCCAUGCUGGUUCUACAUGAAGAGAGAGACUACAAAGAAAGGAGCUCCACAGUCAAGAACGGAGGCAACUAGAAUCUGGCUAAAUUGCUGGAGAGAUCUCCCACAAGCUAAGAUCCAAGCUUGGAUUGAGCGUAUUCUUAUACAUAUUCCAAAGAUAAUUGAGCUACAAGGUGGUAAUGAGUAUAUAGAGGGGAGAGAUAGGCGUUGUGUAGGAGAGCGGCCAGAUUUCGGCUAA